CGAAAAAAAGCCCAGGGGUCCAAGUUCAACAACUGAACAAACAGACAGACUGUAGUUCAAAAAAAAGUAUAAGUGGAUCAGGUAGCUUUUGUCAUAACAAUGUUUUUAGAGGUGAAAAGUUUCCGUAUUUUAGCAAUAUUACAGUGAUGGCAGAUGAUGAUGGUAUUGUGUUAAACUUGACACCAUUUGUGGAAAAACCAAAGAAAAAAUCAAAUGAAGCAGGCAUACAUAGGGCCAAGGAAAUUAACAAGAAUCAUUUUGUUCCAGGUAAAAAGUCAUCUGCACCUGAAUCCACUGGCAAGUCAAAAGGUAAAGAUGGUAGGAAAGCAAAAGAAAGAAAGUACAUUGAUCCAAAAGAUUUUACCCCAAUUUCUACCUUGUUCAAUAAAAACCCAGAUAUACCUACACUUCCUGAAUCAAGUGUGAAAAGUAACCUGCAAAAAGUUGUGUUUACUUCAGAUAACGUGGAUGAUUUGUUAAUUGGGCCUAGGUUGAAGGGUAACCUAAAAGAGCAAUUUAAGUUUUCAACUUUGACCCAUGUACAGAAAUUAACCAUACCAACAUUGUUGCAAGGGCAGGACCUGAUGAUUAAAUCUCCAACAGGUUCUGGUAAAACGAUGUGCUAUGCUAUUCCUAUUGUUGAUAAGUUGAGUAAACUUGUUCCAGCAGUUAGUCGGUCAGAUGGAGCAUAUGCUGUUGUUAUUGUGCCGACACGAGAGCUUGCUUUUCAAGCAUUCAACGUUAUACAAGAUUUAUGCAAAAGCUGUAUAUCUAUUGUCCCUGGACUGCUUAUCGGUGGUGAGAAGUGUAAAUCUGAAAAAGGCAGGCUACGUAAGGGUGUUAAUAUCAUUGUGGCAACGCCUGGUCGUCUUGCGUACCACUUAAAAGAAACUGCAUGUUUAGAUAUAUCGAGAGUCUGUGUUGUUGUUUUAGACGAAGCUGAUAAAUUAUUGGAUAUGGGCUUUGCAAAUACAAUUAGGGAAAUCAUUACUAUUUUUGACAAUGGAAUUUCAGUUCCAAGACAGUCUGUUUUAUUAUCUGCAACUUUAAGCAGUGAUAUAAAGGACCUCGCAUCAGUGAGUUUAAAAAAUGCUGCUUUCAUAGAUACCGAAGAAGAAAAUUCAAAAAAGGAUAACAAAAUGGAUUCAUUAAAAAAGCAGGAAUUGGUAAUGCCAAACUCUUUACAACAAUAUUAUGUAACUGUCCCAGCAAAGUUGCGUUUAGUCUCUCUUCUGAGUUUUAUUGCCUACAAGGUGUUUUUGAAGAAGCAGAAAAGUAAAAUGAUUAUGUUUGCACCAAAUAUUAUGACUGUCAAGUUUCUUUUAGCUGUAGUUAAGAUGAGCCUUGCCAAGUAUUUUAAUAUCGCAGGUGAUAUUGCUAAGAACAUUCAAGUUCUUCAUGGUGACAUGCCACAGCCAGAUCGGUUAAAGGCUUUUGAAAAAUUCAAAUCUUUGGAACACGGGGUCCUUUUAUCUACAGAUGUUGCAGCUAGAGGAUUGGAUAUUAAAGGUGUUGACUGGAUCUUUCAAUAUUCCUGUCCAACACAGACUGAAGAUUAUCUGCACAGAGUUGGGCGAACUGCUCGUAUUGGUGAAGAAGGAAAAUCUUUGCUGUUUAUCUUGCCUUCAGAAAUUAAUUAUGUGACCAUGCUUUCCAACUCUGGCGUAGUUUUGUCAGAAAUUAAAUUGUUUGACAUAUUGGGCUUUCUCAUGGAUAAGAAGCUUUUAAAGGGUUCUAAGAAUGAUCUAAAAAUAGAGAAGGCUGCUACAUCGUUGCAAAAUUGCAUUGAAGAGUAUCUUGUAACGACAGACGAGCUGCACCAAAAAGCAAUACGAGCAUACAAGUCAUACAUUCAGAGUUAUACUACCUACCCAACAGCGCAGAAAGAUAUUUUCCAUGUAAAAUUUCUUCACCUGGGACAUGUGGCUAAAAGUUUUGGCUUGCGUGAAGCACCUACAAAAUUUGUUGCUUCGUUUGGAAGAAUGCCUGUAAAAAGGAGACACGAGAGUGCAGAACAGAAAGAAAAUGCUAAGAAGUUAAAUUUACAAAAGCAAGCUGCUUUGAAGGACGGUGUUUUUUCAGGCCCUAGACCAGGAAAACUUAAAGUUGGAUUGAAAUCUACUUCUAACAAGAAGAAAUUUGCCCAAAAGAAAAAGAAAAUUAGAAUUUAGCUGCUUUUAUUUAAUAAACUGUCAAUUCAAAAAGUUUAAAAUGUGUUUACAUAUAUUAUAUAUUAACCUCAACAUGUUUUGUCAAGAUAUUUCCAUUUUAUUUAACAUUGAUUUACAAUGCAUUUUAUCCACAACUAUAUAACCACUUGUCCACUUUGCAAGGAUUUGUAGUACAUUAGCAGGAAAUUUCCCUAAAUUAACAAACUGUUAUGUAGAUUUUUGAAUGUCUUUGAAAUUGAUCUAAAACAUCUUUUGACAGAGUGUAGAUAUUUUUUUGUUAUCAUACCAACCCACCUGAUAAUUACAAUGUACACCAACAUAGUUUAAAAGAAUGUUUGGAUUUUUUAAAAAGGAACAAAAUGUAAAAGGCUAGUUCCACUUUUAGGCACAACAAUCUCCUGUAAAAAAAGAUUGCUUGUUGAUUAUCAAUUUGUUUCUCAAGGUCACAGUAUGCGAUGAAGUUUUAAUUGUUCACAUAAAUAUAGGAUAAAGAUUAACCAGGCUAUUCCAAUAUUUUAUGUAUUUUACUCAACACCUGUAAAGCAAAUCGAACAGAACUUUCUCAAAAUAAUUUCGUACUUUAGCUAUUUUUCAGUUUUAUAUUCUACGUAUUAAACCUUUUGUUAUCUUAUGUAUUUAACUGGUGCCAUACACAAACAUAGCCAUUUAUUUUGUUUUGAUAAGUUUUUUAACUCAAUUCAACAAACUUUUGUGUGUUUCUUUUAUAAUACAAGUUGUGGGUGUGGUUGUUACGAUAAGGAGUUUUUCUUAUUUUAAUUUCAUUUGUUUUCUUCCACUUCAUGCACUGUUCAGAUUGGUUAAAAACAUGCACAUACUUGCUGAAAUUUAAAUAUGUUUGGUUUUGAUUUUUUUCAUUUUUCUUAACUUAUGGUUUUAUGUGAUACAUAUCAAAAGCCACUAAUCAAACAAUGUAUCAUCACCUUUAUGGAAAUGUUUUGCACCAAUUGGAUCAAAAGCCAAUGUCAAAUUGUAGUUUAAGAAUCAGAACCGUUCAUUUAUUUAGGAAGGAAUUGUACGAAUUUAGAUUAAGUAGGAAAUGUUAGGUAAAAGAACUUUGUUAGUUUUUUAUGGAAAUUAAAGAAGAAUUUUCCCGCAAUCAUUUUUAAUAAAAAAUAUAUAGGUGUAGUAUUUAUUAUUAUAUUUAUAUAUUUUCUUUUUGUUUUACUUUAUGCAACAUCUUUGAAAAAUAGUUGUGUGACUUCAUUUUUAGACUUGAUAGUUUGUGUAUAAUCGAUUUUUGGAAAGAUAUUCAAAGUUAUACGUCAA